AUGCCCUCUCCGCCGCUCUCGAUUGUCCAGAGCCUCUCGCCGCGCGUCGCGGUCCUCGCCAGCGACGAUGUCACCGACAGCUGCGCGGCUAACGGGUGCAGCGGCCUCGACGAGCUCCUACGCCCAUGGGAAGGAGGGACGGAGCGGGUUCAAAUCAUGUCGUCGACGUUAACGCCGACUGUACACCCGACGUUUCCCUUGCGCUUCGUCUCGUAUUCGUCCGUGUACGGCGCGCCAGGGAACGCGUCGCCUGCGCCCGAGAUAGUCGUUGACUUGAUAUCCUCGUGUGUCGGGAAACACCAGCCGGACGAGGAGCAGCAUUACUCCGUAACGCGGGCGCUGCUUCUCAACUCGCGCCCGCUCGCACCACACGAGACCUUCAACCACCCCGUCGGCGUGCUGUUCGCCAUCUCAACCUCCACCCCAGACGCAAUGGCCACACUCACCCGAAUGUAUGGGCAGGCGGUGGGGACAGGCGCGCAGGCGGCGCCGUGGAUGGACGGCGUGCAGGUGCUCAAGUUCUUUGUGGUCGUGCACGACGUCUCAAAGAAGGGCCCUGAUCUUGAGCAGGCGCAGGAGCUACUGGGCCAGGUCAAGAAGUCGUAUGGGCCUCACUCGACGCUGCUGGUCAUCAACUCGCGCGAGCAGACGGGGAUCACACCUCCCCUUGAGUCACCGGACUUGACAGCACACGCGGGCGUCGCCCCGCUCGACCUCGCCGCGGCUGAGGACCCUUGCGCUCUGUCGCAGCUAUACGCCUCGACAAUGUCGUCGCUUACCCUCUCACCCAUGGCUGCGGCAGCGCACGAGGCGGGCGUCGACGGCGGUAAGACGAGGAGGCGUUACGCAGCCAAGCUCAGCGUCGACGACGUGCAGGCGCUAAUUGCGCUGGUACGUGAGCUCGUCGUCCAAAGUCUCGUGCCGUGGAUGGAGGCGCGAGUGCGCGAGUGGAACGAAGCAUACCAGACCAAUCGUCGCGGCCUCACUGGCCGCCUCUUUGGCGCCGGCCGCAAGCUGUUCAGCUCGCGACCCGCAUCCCCAACUCCCUCCAAUACCCACCACGGCUACAACGCUGUCAAGGGUUACUACGCGGCCUCCUCAGUCGAGGCCCUUGCCCGCCGCCUGGCCGACUUUGCAUUCAUGCUCCGCGACUACAGACAUGCGAGCGGGGUGUACGACAGCCUUCGCAAGGACUAUGCGCAGGACCGCGCGUGGCGAUACGCUGCCGCUGCAACGGAGAUGUACGGCCUCGCACUGCUGCUCGGCCAGAACUUCUUCAUGCCAAACACGCCGCCAAGCACGCGCGUCAGCCUUACAACGAUGCAACACACCGAGGUCAGCUCGUGGCUGGAGCAGGCUGUCGCGACAUACCAGUCUAGAGGCGGCACGACACAGGUGCAGCUCGACGCGCUGCGCAUCACGGUGUUGUACUACGAGGCGUGGAAGGCGAUUAACGAAUGGAGAGGCGUUGGGGCUGCCCUUGUUCGUGCCGCGGGUGAGGCAGACGAGGUGCCGUGCGCUGUCAUCAUCGAGGAGGCUGCGGCCACGGACGUACGCGGCGCUAAGCGGCGGGGCGGGAAGCGACGGCAGGCGUUCCACCUCGUCAUGGCCGCGCGGCGGUACGAGAAGGCGGGAUUGAAACAGUACUCGCGACGAUGCCUUGAGGAGGCGGCGUCACUGCUGCGCGACGCCCACUGGGGUGCCGUGCGCGACCGCGUCGAGCACUCGCUUGGGCGGCAGGCAUACACGCUGGGCGAGAGCGAUGUGGCUGUUGUGCACUUCCUGAAGCUGCUUGCGCGUGACGACCUCGCGACGCCUGGCACGCAGGGCAUGGUGCUAGAGGACCUGGCGCAGGCGUACGAGCAGCUCGCGUUGAACCCGGAGCAGCUGGCCGCGGCGGCCGACAAGUUGCGUCUGCCGACACCUGUCUUCGAUGUCAAGAAGACGAGCAUAGUGCUCGCGGCAGAAGGGAGCGGCGCCGGGAGGAAAGCCGCGUGGGCGACCCUCGACGCGCGCGUCCUCGCCCACUGGGACCGGAAGGGGAAGAAGCCCGCCAGUGUGCUUCCGGACGCGAGGCGCAUCGUGGCCGCGGUUGGGGAGGAGUUGACUGUGGAGCUGGUGGCGACGAACCCGCUCAACACACCGAUCGUACUCGCCGACCUCACCCUCGACCUGGAAGGUGACGGGGUGUCGAGCACGCGGGAUGAGGUCGCUCUCGACCCCCACGAGAGCCGGCAGAUCAGCCUCACCGUCACUCCCCGCGCGGCUGGGACCCUCUCUGUCAAGUCGGCACGGUUCACGUUCCACAGGUUUCUCCCGACAACUCAGAGCCUCGAGCGGCGCGGCCGACGACUGCACGCGACGAAGGCGCAGCGCGUCACGCCGACGUAUGCGCCGGACACGACGUUGACUGUGCACGUCGAGGGAAGCACGCCCCGCGUCGCCGCGCACAUCAUCGGCGUCCCCGAUGCUGUGCUGGCUGGCGAAGUGGUCGACGCCGAGCUGCGCCUGCGCAACUCUGGCGCACAGCCAGUCGAAGACGUCCAGCUCCUGACCUCGCACUAUGGCGUCAUCUCGCUCUUCGACAGCGUGCCCUCGCCUGUACCGAACGCCAUCGCGCCCAACAGGCCCUUCAGCGUGCACGCGGGCAUCAUCCAGCCGGGGCAGGAUGUCGCCAUUCCCAUCCGUUUCUCGUACCCGACGCCUGGGCGGCUCGAACUGCUUGCAUUAGCUACGUUCUCCACAGCCGACGGGACCGCUGGCGCCGCCAAAAUCGCACACACAGCUGACAUCCGUCCCGUCGUGAGCAUCAGCUCCGAGGUCCGUCCUGCUAGGAACGGGUGGUUUGUCUCCCUCGAUGUGGCGAACCACGCCGAUGUCCCGCUUCAAAUCGAGCCACCAGUGCCAGUGAGCGAGUACUUCUCGUCAACGGUGCUCGGCGGCGGUGCAACUCUGCACCCGAACCAAAGGGUACGCUGCGUGCUCUCAGUGAAACCCGGGAACUUUUCAGGCGACUUGGCCCAAUCCGCACUAGUGACCAACCUGGGCAAGCUCUUGCGUGGCGAGGACCUUUCCCCAGUCUCCCCCACAACCGUAUCUGUCAAAGUACCCCCUGGUUUCCUAGCGUCGCGGCGCGCCCAUCGCCUAUCCUUUGCGGGUGAACACCUGCCCGCCCUCCCCACCGAUAUGGUACCCAAGCUCCUCCCGCUCUUCGACCCACUCGACCUCGACGUGGCCUUUCCCUGGACGGCCGGGGAUCGGCACGGCGUAGCGUGCGCACACGCUAUUCGUCCCACCCCGGCGUUCUCUCUAGUUGAAGGGUUGAGGGAGGAUGUGGGACCAGCUAAGAGGACGAUGUACGAGGAGACGGGGCGGUUGCGGCGUGCCCUGGCCGAUUCCGUUCUGGAGGGUGUCUACGCAGACGAAGGGGACCCCGUGAGCGUGCGCGCCACCGUGGCGGGCGCAGUCCGUGGUCGCUUAAGCUGCGCCUUUGACGACGGCCUAGUCCUCCCUAUUACUCUAACGAUCGAGAACCGCUCACCCGCCCUUCCCGCACGCUGGACCCUCCGCCUCCCACCGCCCCGAUACCCCAGCAGCGUCCUGUACACUGGCGCGCUCGAGCACCGCGGCACCCUCCCGCCCGGCGGCUCCAUGAAUGUCGAGACAGGUGUAUGGGUCACUGAACCCGGACUACUCCAGCUCGGGGGAUGGGAGGUCGAGCGGGAGACGGGAGAACCUGAGAGCAGUGAGGACGAGAGGUGGACACCGCGCGCGUCUUGGGCGGGCGUGGAACAUGGGCCGCUCAUCGAGGUCGUUAGAGCAUAG